AUGUCUACUUUCGCAGGCGAUGGCAACGACGGAGAUAAGGAGUGGGCACAUGCGGAGACGGUAGAUCUACCGGAAGCAGAGGAGGAGGUGCGUCUGACGGAUCCACUACCGCCAUCACUUCCUCCUCCUUCGUUACCGAAACCCAACCUCGUGGUGGAGGGUAAGUGCCAUAGCCGCCUUGUCCUUGCUCCAGGACUCAGAGAUCUGACCAAACUUCUCCCCGGAGCUCAAAUCAAACCCGACGUUUCCAAGCUCGUCAGUUGAUGGGUUUACGGUGGAAGCCGGUCCCUCGAGAUUCUCCGAGCGCUGUGGCUCUGUAAGUGUACCUUUCGGCUUAGCCGGAGAUGGCGGUGAUGUAUUCGGCCGAUUCUGAAUUGUUUCGGAUUUCCGCUCCAAUUAGAUGGGGACAUUCUGGAAAAGGUAGGUCGGAGAAUCAAACCCUGAUGGAAGCCAUGGACAUCCUUGUCCUCAUUCCCCGCCACCUUAUUGCUGAAGUCCCCUCUGGACGGAAACAGAGGACUAGCUAUCUGCAUUUUAUUCCGCCACUGGGGCAUGAAUGAUAAAUCACAUUUACUUUCCUUGC